CUCUUCAGUGGCUCUGGCUCAACACGGUGUGUGUUUCCACUGUACGAGCUGUGUGCGGUGUGCCCACACCCCACACCCUGGGCAGCAAGGUGUAGAAACCCUGGACGUAUGACACUUCUCUGUCCAGUCCUGUUCCAGCAGGAGAGGGGUCAGUGAACCCUCAGCCGAUUGGCUGCCUUCCCCCAGCCCGGGGUCACUGGCACUGAGGUCUGAUUGAACAGAGAGUUUUUGGCCUGGCAGACACCAAUGGACUAAACCACGGCUGCUGACGAUGGGGUUGCUGAUGUGCUGAAGGAGACCUGGAAAUGCAGAGCAUCAAGUGUGUGGUGGUGGGUGACGGGGCCGUGGGCAAAACCUGCCUGCUGAUCUGUUAUACCACCAACGCCUUUCCCAAGGAGUACAUCCCGACCGUCUUCGACAACUACAGCGCACAGAUCACGGUGGACUGUCGGACUGUCAGCCUCAACCUGUGGGACACAGCCGGCCAGGAGGAGUACGACCGGCUGCGGACAUUAUCCUACCCCCAGACCAACGUCUUCAUCAUCUGCUUCUCCAUCGCCAGUCCCCCGUCCUACGAGAAUGUGCGCCACAAGUGGUACCCCGAGGUGACCCACCACUGCCCCGACGUGCCCAUGCUGUUGGUGGGCACCAAGAAGGAUCUACGCAGUGACCCCGAGACCAUCAGGAAGCUCAAAGAGCAGAGCCUGGCGCCUAUAUCACAACACCAGGGUAGCGGCUUGGCCAAGCAGAUCCAGGCCGUCAAGUACUUGGAGUGCUCAGCCCUCAACCAGGACGGUAUCAAGGACGUCUUCGCCGAGGCUGUGCGUGCUGUCAUUAACCCUGCCCCCAUCAAGACCAAGAAGCCUUGCGUGCUCUUGUGAGGAAGGACUGCACUCCCCUCGUCCUCUGUCCCCUCAGUCCCUCUCUUCCCUCAAUACCCUCCUCUCAAUCCCUCUCCCAUCAACUCCUCCCUCCCCUUUCUUUCCCUUCUCUCUCCUUUACCCCUCUCCUCUCACAUCCACCCUGCCUCCUUCCCCACCCUCCCCUUCACCCCCUCACCCUCUCACAGGAUCCUUCCCAGAGGGGGCCUUGGACCUGUGAGGGCUUGGUUUUGGAGAGAGGAUAGCAACUUCUUUCUCCACUACUCUUCCUCCGUCUCUGUCCCGAGUUCCUGUCUGUCAGUCUGUCGAAGACGGGGGCUUUGCACCCUCCAGGCAGGUGUCCCCGUGGGUGGAGGGGGUGUCCAGGUGUCCCACACUGUGACGGAGAGUCGAGGAUCACCGUACGCCUGCUCUGUGAUGUCCAAUCCCAUUGGUCGGUGAGGCCAGCACCCACCCCUGACCCUGGGCUCCUGCCAUUCCUGGCUCCAGUCCGAGAGGGGUCAGAGGGUAGGCGGGCCCUGGGCGGGCUCCCUCCCCGUCCCACUCCCGGGACAACUUUCUCCAGCAUGGACCAGGUUGGGUUGAAGGGGCCGUCCGCACACUGAGUGAUCCUGUGGAGACGGUGAGGAGUAUCCGUCCUCCCAGGCACACUGUGACUCACUCUCCCUCCCUUCAAUCCCCACCCACCCCUGUCUA